CGUUUUAGGACUGCAGCUGUAAUUGGCUAGAUGAGGAGGUACUGGAAGAGAUGUUAAGCUGGCUGCUUCCACCCAUGGCUCUGCACACACAUACGGGCGGGUUGUGCCGGAGAGAGCGGGAGGCUGGGCUCCGAGGUGGCGGAGGCGGUGGAGGAGGAGAAAGCGGUGGCGGAAUCGAUGUUUCCCCAGCCUGCUUGCCUACUUCGGUGACCGAGCCGCUCCUGCUGCUGGGUUGCUGCCUGCGGUCGGAGGAUCCGUCCGAGCGAGGGCGGCUGCUGACGCCGCCGGUGGAGAUGAUGGCGGAGGGCGGCGGCGGCGGCGGCGGAGGGCAGCGGCUCAAGGCACUGUCCCUUCUAGAGGCAGCCCGCUGCCGCUAUGAAAGCCUGCAGAUUUCCGACGAUGUCUUCGGGGAAUCGGGCCAGGACAGCAGCGGCAACCCAUUUUAUAGCACCACCGCCGAGUCCCGCUCUGCCUCCGAGGAGGAGGACGACGACGAGGAGGAGGGCGAAACCCCCGAGGGAGGACGCAGCCAUCGGGGCAGGACUGGGGGACGCCAAGGCUCCAAGGCGUCGGCAGCCGAAGAGCAGGAGGGAGAGCAGCAGCAGCAGCAAGUGCAGGGUGGCUUGGAAACGAGUUUCCUGGGUCCCGCGGAGCAACAGCAACGGGAGGAGGAGGAGGAAAGCGAGAGGGGUUGGAGCCAGAGCCUGCGGAACACCCCGACGCCUUCCUUCAAGGAUAGCAGCGGUCCAACUCGCAAAACACCCACUUCCAGUGCCAUGGACUUCUUCCAACUCUUUGUUCCUGAUAAUGUGCUAAAGAACAUGGUGAUUCAAACCAACAUGUAUGCCAAGAAUACCAGGAACGGUUUGGCAGCGAUGAGGCCUUGGAUGGAUGUCACACUGAUAGAAAUCAAGGCCUUCCUUGCCUAUAUGAUAUCUACAAGCACUCACCAUUGUGAGUCGGUCCUCGGCAUCUGGAGUAGGUUCUAUAGCAACAAGAGCAUCGCAUUAAUCAUGACUCAGGCAAGAUUUGAGAAGAUUCUUAAGUACUUCCAUAUUGUGGCCUUUCGUUCGAGUCAGACUACACAUGGCCUCUAUAAAAUCCAGCCGUUGGACUCUCUGCAACAUAGCUUUGACUCUGCUUUCAAGCCUUCCCAGACACAGGUACUCCAUGAGCCUCUGAUUGAUGAAGAUCCAGUUUUCAUUGCCACCUGCACAGAGCGAGAAUUACGCAAGAAAAAAACGGAAAUCAGUCUCUGGGUACGGCAGUGCUCAUCAACCGGUUUUAUAUGCCAGAUCUAUGCCCAUCUGAAAGAAAGCAGUGGCACUGAAGGUCUGGAUGCUUUGAAGAACAAAGCUCAGCUUCACAGCAUAGUGGCCAAGAGUCUUUGUCAGAAUGUCACAGGGAAAAACUGUAUCAUCUUCACUGGCCCCAGCAUUACCAGCCUGAACCUCUUUGAAGAAUUUGAAAAACAAGACAUUUAUUGCUGUGGAUUGCUAAGUAUAAGGAAAAGUGACUGUACAGGGCUGCCUUCCUCCAUGCUAAACAACCCAGAGACCCCACAGCCUCGAGGACAUUACAGAAUAAAAAUGAAGGGAAAUAUGUCUUUGAUCUGCUGGUACAACAAAGGCUACUUUAGAUUUUUGACCAAUGCUUAUUCUCCAAAUCAACAAGGCGUUAUCAUUAAGAGGAAGAGUGGAGAGAUCCCAUGCCCUCUGGCAGUGGAAGCCUUUGCUGCUCAUCUUAGUUAUAUUUGCAAAUAUGAUGACAAAUAUAGCAAGUAUUUCAUUUCUCAUAAACCAAACAAGACCUGGCAACAAGUCUUCUGGUUUUCCAUCAGCAUUGCCAUAAACAAUGCUUACAUCCUGUACAAAAUGUCUGACGCCUAUCCUGUGAAAAAGUACAGCCGAGUACAGUUUGGUGAGAGACUCGUAAAGGAGCUGCUUGGAUUGGAGGAUCCUUCACCAGGCCAUUGAUGGAUCCUUCUUCACAGCAUAGGCUAGGAGUGAGGGAGAUGGAGGAAAGAAAAAGGAACAAACUCUGGGAUGCCAAGAUGGGUAACUUACUAUUCCAUGUGACAAAAUCACUAGGGAAGCCUUUAAGUAUGUUGGUGCCUUCUCAAUGGCCUUGGUUCAAAGGGCCCUCAAGAGAGCACCAUAUAGAAGCUGCACGUAUGAGAGUGCAACAUAGGCACCGGUGUAUCAGAAAUGAAUUUAUGUUAGCUAUUGCUGAAUCUGAUUUUUCAAACAGGGUGUUAGUUGUCACACAAAUCCUUUUCCCUAUCCCUUUUCAAGCUAGAAAGGCUCAGCAGUUCCAGCUGAGCAUGUUAUUGGGUGUUUUUUUUUUAAAUCAGUGCACAAUGUGUAAAGUUAUGCACUGCUUUGUGGCUGAAAAGAGGUUGCUAGAAGAGAAAUAUAUAUGUAUAUAUAUAUUAAAAAAUGUAAAAAUCUAUUUUGCAAGCCAGUGAUUAGGCAACAGCAGAUGAAGACAGUAGACUGAAGAUUUUAUUUUGUUGCAAUGCUUUUAGAUUGUAAAAGGGGUAUAAUUUUGACAGAAAAUGCUUUUUUUAAUAUAAAGGAACAGUGAGAAACUGAAAAGUUUACCAAACUAAGUUCAUUGUGCUAACUGAAGUCAGUUGCACUCCAAGAUUAAUUUCAGUUAUGCCAUAACAAAAGCAUAAGAGAUUUAAUUGCAAUCAUCCUGUAUUAUUCUUCAGGCAUUGAAUUUUUCUACACAAUGUGAGAAAAGAUAUAAAAGGUUCUCUGAGGAACUAGUUUCUCCUUAACUGUAGCUGGAUCUGUGCUCCCCUCCCCCGCACCCCCAUAGUGCUGCAUAAACAUACAUGCCAAAUCCAGAAAUAGUUAAAGGUAAUAUUGGUAACUCUAAAACCAAAUGACACAAACAAUUUGUUGAGGGUUGAUGAGUCAUUUGUGAAAUUGCUGAGUGAGGCACAAUAUAUUUCCAAGUGUGUUAUCUUCAUUUGUCCUUUAAAAAACUCUUACCCAAAGCAAUUUAACAUUUCUAGAUGCUGAAAAAUACCUAAGUACCCUUUUAUUUGAGGACUGACCGAAACCAGGAGUCUUCAACGACUUGGCAACUUUACGACUUGUGGACUUCAACUCCCAGAAUUCCUCAUAUAUUCCUCCUGAGGAAUUCUGGGAGUUGAAGUCCACAAGUCAUAAAGUUGUCAAGGUUGGAGACCCCCGAUCUUAAACUAUACAUCUCAGUACUGCUGAAUGAAUACUGUUCAUGAAGUGACUUCUAAAAGGUUAUGACAAUGUUUUCUUAUUUUGCUCAGUUAACGUCAGUCUCAUCAGCUAGCUUUUUCUCAAGGCGUUUACUUCAUUAUGAUUCCAUUGUUUUGGCCAUGUUGCUGCCUUGUCGUUUAUGACAAACUAAACACUUUUCUGGGGUGGGGGGAAAUCAUUGCAAUACUAGACAAUCAGAAACAUUUGCAUGUUAAACUUUGUGAUGAACCAGUCCCAAAGCAUUUGAAAAAAAUUGUCAUGCCACCACUUCAGCACAAAAAGUGCUGAGAAUCACAUGGCUACCAGCAGCAUGUGGCCAUGAAAAUUUUUUGCACAGAAUGAAGUGACAGACUUUGUAGCAUUGCUUUGUGUGAUACAAUUCAAAUAUUCAGAGAUGACAUUCCCUUGGAAAGUAAGUUAUCACACAUGUGAAGAUAUGUUUAAGUAUUAUCGUCAUAAUUGUUUAAUGCCGUGUUUCCCAGAAGACCCAGACUUAUUUUCUUUUGGGCUCCAAAAUAAGCACUAGGUUUCAUUUUCCCCCCAUGUAUGGGAAGCCCACUUCUUCUGCUUGCUCAUGGUGGGGCAGGAGGCUGCACAGUGCGCUAGUGCUGCCGCUGUGAGGUGGGGGGGGUGAAGCUGCCCCAUGUCCCCUCGUAGGCUUACCUCAGGGCCCCUGCAACCAGGCCAUCCACACCCCAACACCUCGCAGCCUAGCGAGCCUAGUGGCAGCCUAGCAGCCCCAUCCAAGAGGACCACCAGUCCUCUUCUUCUGCUUGCUCACAGCUAUAACGGAGCAGGAUGCCAAGUGACAUGCCAUGGCCACAAGGCAGUUAUUGGGAUAUGGAUAGCCUGGCUGGAGGGGUCUUGAAGUAAGCUGGUGCAGGGUGUGUGGGGCAGCUCCACACACACACACACGCACACACACCACCUCACCUCAUGUCGACAGCAAAGCGAGCAAUCAGACGGAAUGGGCGGCCAGCCAGCUGGCUGUGGGGCUCAUUUUGGGGGGCUGUGUAGGCACUUAAUUAGGGCUUAUAUUAGACCCAUGCGUAAAACAUGCUACAUCUUAUUUUCAGGAUAGGUCAUAUUUUCAGGGAAACAAGGUAGUUAAAAGCCCGACAUAACUGGAAGGAAAGAUUUGGGAAGGCCACCACAGAGAUGAUAUCAAUGUAAACAUCUUUAUGUCCUCUGUGGGUCUUGGUGGGCUCAGGGUCCAUAAAACCAGCGUCAGGUGCUCCCAAUGACAGGGGCUGGUGAGUACGUGAGCUGGUGCAGUUUGAAUCAAUUGCAUUUUCUCAGCAAUUUUAAGGCAGUACCCAAUAGAGUACUGUAGCCUAGCCAUGUGGUGACAGGGCAUGAGUUACUGUAGCUAGCUCUUCCUGCCGCAAGCCAAAUUGCAAAUGAUAUACCAGCUGAAGCUGGGCACAGGCAUCCACACACAGCUUCCACCUUCUAUUCUAGCAGAAGCUGUGAGUCCAGAAGGAUCCCAUGUCCAAACCUCCUUCUUGAUAGGUAUUGCCUGUCCACCAGGAAACAACUCUUAAUGAUGACAGGCAACCCUGAUGUAUCCACAACCGUUCAGACUUAGCGAUUUGGCAAUCAGAAUUUACAGUCCUCCAAUAAAAAAGCCAUCCUAUUUCCUGUAGGCUUUGUGUUCUACUGCGUUGGUGUUGGAGGUUAAGGAAAGGUAAGGCAUUGGUUUGCACGCACGCUGCUUCUUAAUAAUGAAGAAUCAGAAAUUUGCACAUCACCUUCUGAUUUCUCCACUGUCAUCUCCUGCACUAUUGAAUUGCUAGUCAUGAUGCUUAUGAAAAAGAAGUGACAUAUUUUAAAGCAAAAAUUAAUCAAGAAUAAAGAACUUUAACGAGGAGCCUACAAAACUGAAUAUUAGAAAGAAAAGCUUGUUUUUGUGACUCACCUGUCCUUGUAUACAAUCCAGCUUAAAAUUCAAGCCAAUUCUAUCAAAACCCUGAGAUAGAGUAGUCUUUCACAGUUCUGUGACCGUUCAUUUUUGCAUCAGAAGUUGUAGUCCAUGAAAAAAGACUUAGGCAGCUGAGAUUGUAUAAUCAGAUGUGAAGCUUACAGCAAAUUUACCAUUUGGAAUUUUGUCAUGCUACCUCUUGCAUCCAGUUUGCAAAAAAUAGGGCUAGAGAAUUCAAUGAAUCUUUGUUUAUUUGCACCAGAGGUGAUAUUUGGUGGUGCACUUUAAAAACAAAAAAGGAAAAUAUAGUAGCCUCUGAAGGCUCAGGAGACAAGAUAAGGAGCCAGAAAGGCAGACUUUACUAGGAAGGCAGAAUUUAAGGGCCUUUUGGGUUUUUGGCAAUUUUCUUAUAUUUUUAAUGAAUUACUAUUGUAAUACUAACAUACUGAUUUUAGUUUAUGUCAUCCACUACUACCAUGUGCUGCUUUAUUGCCAAAUUUAAACAGGAGUUUCAAGGCUGCAAACAUAGGGAAGAGUUUUGAAUCUAAUGUAGUAUGCAAUCCAUCUCUCCACCUACCCAUUCUUGACCUACUUGUUCCUUAAUAAAAAUGAACUAUGAGUUUUAGGUCAGCUUCCAAUUAUGUUCUCCAUCUAUGAUAGAUUUCAGUUCCUACAUCUCUUAUCUAGCAUGACUAUUAGCCCCCAAAUUGAGGGAGUUUGCCCUAGUUACUGAGGCACUGAAUAUAUCUUGGUUCCUAAGAUUGCCCUCUUUUGAUAGCCAUUAGCCAAUGGCAAUUGCCAAUAAGAAGGUAGUAUUCAACAGUUAAUUAGAAAAUGUCCAUUGAGAUAUAGUCACAUCUUAAUUAAUUAGUUACACUUAAGUUAGUUAUUACUGUUUAUGUCCAGCUUUGAAGACUUUUUUUAAAAAAGAACAUUUUAUUAUUUUAAACAUCUGUCCCCACUUAAGCCAGGUUUAGACUGUUGUGUCACUGCAUGUCAGGGAAAAUAUGCACCUGUCUCUCAUUCAAAGAGACAAUGUUACAUGUCUGUAAAUUCUGGCUAGGGGAGACUCAAACCUCAAAGCACAGAAAGCAUAGAUGGAUAAACCAAUAAACAUGCAGGAUGAACAUCUCCGUACAAUAUUUAGUGGAGAUUUGGGGAGUGUAUGUGUUGGCCCAUCUGCAAACAUCUGCAACCUACACUUACUCAUCAAUCCCUUCACAGCAUAAAUAUGUGUUGACAUCUACACACAAUUGUGGACAAGUCUAAAUCAAGCUUUACACUUAACCAUGGCACAAACACACUGUCAACCUUUUUAAUUCUGCCAUGCUGUCAUCUCACCUACAGACUACCUACUGUUAUCCCCCCCCCUUUUUUUGAACUGUCUAAAAAUAGCCAUCAGGUAUGUAAAAUCUGUUACGCUUUGUUACCCAUUUCUUUGGAAGGAUGUUAGGGGACUCCAGUGACUGGAAAUAGAGGCAGGAUAGGAGUCAGCCAUACACCCUAGUAGAGUUUUCUGCCAAUUCAAGUAUGGUGGAUAGAACUAAUUCUGCAGUGUAAGGGGAGCACCACAAUUUUGCUUCCAAAUAGUUAGCAUUUGCAAUGUAGUAUGAUGCCUUUUUAUUCAAACUUUCACUUGUUGCAUAAUGCCUGUUUAUCCAAAGCUUAGUUUGUGGGUUUUUUCCCCCAAAGAAGGGAUUUCAGCCACAUUGGUUGACCAUUAAAAUCUUCCUACUCACCUCAAAUAUACUUUAAUUAAGUACAAGGACCUUAGCAAGGAACUCCAUUCCAUUUAACACAAAAUGCUUCUUAUAGAAUUAGCCAGUCUUAGUGACUUAUUGUGGUGAAAAUUCUUACCACACAUAACGUUGAUUUGCUUGAAUUCACACAGGUUAGCUUUCCUCAACUUUAACAUAGUUGAAGGGUAUGGACAAGUAUUCUUGAGAAAGGUUGACCUUUUACCAAUUUCCUUUAAAACAUUUUUUGUUGGGACUAGCAACAUUCAGCAGGAGGGCUUGUCUCCCAUGUCCGGUUGGGUAUAUAAGAUAAUACUGGUAAUAUUUCAUUCUUUAAAAUGUGAACUUGUAUUGUAGUCUUCCUUGUACUUUUCUUGAAAUUUAGAAUUUCUAUACAAGGGUCUCUAAGCAUUCAAUUUCCUCCCAAUCUCUCACUGAUUCUUAAUAGCAAUGUUCCUCUUACAGAUUUGUAGACUGCCCUUGAGUUCUCCUGUCAGGGCUUAAAUUAGGAUAUAGCACCCUGAUGCUAACAGAGACUAUAAAAGUAUUCAAGUUAAGGAUGUAGUCAUAUAUUCAACACCGAACUUGGGGUAUUGAGUUAUGUGUUCAUCUUUGUAAAGACUAUCCAGAUCAAGACAUGUAUAGUGGUGGAAAUCACUGUGACAGAAAGCAUUUAAAAGAUGCUUUUUCAAAAGGCAAUUUGGACUUUGUUUUUCCUUGAGGAAAAUGUUUCACUUCUCAUCCAAGCUUCUUCGGUUGUGACUGAAUGGUGGUGUUGGGGAGGGAAGGGUUUAUAUUCCUUGUCACCCAUACACCGCCAUUCAGUCAGCUCUGAAGAAGCUUCUUGGAUAAGAAGCGAAACAUCUUCCUCAAGGAAGAAACAAAGACCAGUUGCCUUUUGAAAAAGCACUUUUGAGACAACUCAUGAUCUGGAUGACUGAGAAUCUUGACAGAUAUAUAACAUUGAGCCUUCCCUAAGAGCUAUCCAAGGGGCACAUAAACCCAGUCAAGUCAUCAGACAUAGCACAUACAUUGUGCCUUUAUAGCACACUAAACAUUUAUUGUCACUCAGGUGAGAUCCUGGUACAUAACCAAUAUUUCACCCAGUGACACUAAACAUCAGUUUCUGCAAAAAUUGUGUAAAUUAUUAUACCAUGGUUUAAUAAGUAGAACAGAGAUAUUAAACCAGGUCACGUAACAUUUUUUAAAAAGUGUGAAAAUGCUGCUCUUUAAACUCUUCUUACAAGCCUGGAUUUUGGUAUCGUUCUGCACCCACUCGAUUGGCAUCCCAAUUCUUCUCAAGUGUUGAGGUACAGAGCUCAGGCAGCAUAUUAAUUAAUUGGAUGAAGUGAAAAUAGCUCUUUUCUGGGUGGUAAUGUGAAAUUUAGGAAGCUGAAUAGGUGUGGAUGUUCCGAAUACCCGACUUGUUUCAGGACAUGACAAGAUCUGAGGAGAUUUUUUUAAAUAAUUCUCUUCCCUUGAAAAAAUUCAUGCCACAAAAUUAUAGUGUAGGACAAAUGCAGAGUAGAAAAUAACAUUCCUAAACAGCAGAUGGAAGGACACUUGCCUUUAUGAUCAUGGAUCAGUACAUUUUGCAAUCAGUUUGGUAAGCAGAAAGACCAAUGGAAAGUGCCAUUUUCCCAUUCUUCUAGGAGCUCUUAACUCCUAUCAUUCAUUCUCAAAAUAAUUUUGUAAUGGCAUUUGCAAAUUAAUCUGCAUCAACAUGUGCAAUUAACAAAGUUCCUGCAUUCCACCACAAAGUGGAGAUGGGGAAGAGGAAAAUAGUUGUUGCAAUUUAGCUUAUCAUUUCAUAUUUUUGGCCUUUUUUUGUUUUAAUCUGACAUAACAACAAAAAGAAGUUCAACUCAGAAAAAAGAACAUUUAGAGGAGAUCAAAAUAAUCAGCCUAGGUAAAUUAAUCUAUCUAAAGCAUUACUAUUAAAAUGUGUUUAGUUGGUUAGGGAAAGCGAAGGAUACUAUGAACUAGAAGCCUGCAGAAGCCCAAAACAAUUGAUAUAGAGUUGACAGAUUUGUAAAAAGUAGUAUGAAUAUCUAUCUUAUACUGGUUUAGGAAAUGCUGUACUUUUCUGAUUAUAGAGACCUCAUUCUUUUCCUCUUCAAAAAUAAAAGCAAUCAAUAUAGGAGGUCCUUGAUAAACAAGCCUGAAAUGAUCCAGGUCUGUUCCAUCUAUGCAUACUACAAUGUUACGGCUGCUGCACUAUUGGUCAACACACACAGUAAGAGCUCAGGGGCUGAUUUCAGUAAAAAGGCCAAACCAUAAUAUAGGAAAUAAAUGGGAUAUUUGGAAGGAAAGCCCUAUGAGCUAUAAUUUUUUUUCCUUUCCACUUUUGCAACAUAUGUGUCAUUAAUGAAGUAAUACCCAGUACACUAGUGUAGUGCUGUUAUUGUGAAAAGUAUGUUCAGCAAUUGUGGUGUGAUCAAUUCUGCUCACAAUACAUCCAUCAGUGGCUGAAGUUCAGUCAUAAGCUUCCUUCCCAAAGUGUGUUGAACAAGAGGUUUUUGUUAAACCAUGCCAAUGACGGAUUAAACGUGCAGUGCUGUUUUAUUAUUUGAGUUGAAACAAAUAUUGAUUUUAUAGAUAUGCAUCUAUUCAAGAAAUGCUUGUGUGGAAGCCCCUACACAUGAGCAAAGUUCCCAUCUGUAUUUCUGGUCCUUGGGUCAACUGAGGACCUAAAUUUUUGUGACUGUUUUUUGUUCUACACAAAAGCACGCUUGCAAUAAAUUUUUAGAGGUUUUCUAUGCCAUGAGCUAAAUUCUAAAAUGUGAAAUGUGGUAACAACACAACUGGAUGGAUUUAUAAUAUCACUCUGAUGUCACGUGAUUUUUCCUUCCUUCCACAAAGUUUGUCUUACAGUCAACAACUUUGAAAUACAGUCAAAUAUAGAUUAUAAAUUAGUUUUCCUUGUCUCAUUUUUCCUGGGGUGUGGGAGAAAUUUGGGUCAUAAAAAGAAUGAAAUGGGCAUGCAGCAAUAGUCAUAUUAAAUUUAAAAAUUAAAAUAGUGGUUAAUGUCAUUAUAUCAACCUGAAUCAACAUACUAUGUUGAUGAUAAGAGUAAGUGGCAUUUACUCUUUGAGGCUAACCAGCAUACUGAUCAUGCUAUUAUCUCUCAGGAUAAACAAUGUUAUGUAAAUUGAAAACAAGAGUAAGAUAUUGUGAAAGAAGGAAAUUAAAAGUAGGUAAUAAGAGUAAGGGAAAUCUAACUAAAUGUAUUUACACCACAUCAUUUGUUAUACAUCUUCUUAACUUUUUGCCUUGUAAAAAUACUGCAUUAAAUUUAGAAAAAAUUGCCAAAUAACAGAAGGAUCCAAAAUCUCAGACAUUGAAUAAGGUGCAAAUUUUAACUCAAAACCUGGAAUUUCAUUAGUGUCUAAGUUGGGAACAAAAUUUUAUUCUCCUCUGGAAUAAGUUACAAUUAUACUUUAAUAAAAUAUGUUGAUAGCUUUAACUUGGAAUAACAACUCAACAGCUGUGCUAAAUGGUGUCUUUUGAAUACAAAAGGGGUUGCUUGAAGUGCUACAAUUUUAUGAUACAUGCCAGCCAGCUAAAAUAUUUUGGGAAGUAGCUGAAAAUCUACAUAAUGAACCUCUAUUGAUGCCAAAGGCAAUAGCAAUCAUAUCUCAGAUCUGAGAGUGCAAUAUAGAGGUUUCACCAGCAAAUGCCAACAAGGCAUGAUUUCCCCCUCCCCACUUGUUAAAUAAGCACAAUUUGUUAUAAUCACAAAUAGAAUGACUGUAAAAUAUAGAAUAAGUGUAUUGGAAGUGUGGCUUUGACUCGUGGAAUGCAAUUUUGUUACACUGUGUGGGAAAAUCAAUUAUCCCUUAUCUCUGCUGCAGCAUUUCAUCAUCAUCCUAAUUCCAGAUAUUUGGAUAUAAACCAAUCUUGCCUGGCACAUUAAUCUACCUUUAUGAUUCUAUCACAGGUAAACUAAAUAGCCACAAUGGAUGUUUAUAGGAACAACAAUUAUUUUUUUCAAAGUUAAACACAGAAAUAUGGUUGUUAUAGAAAUGAAAGGGAGCGUUUUAGGAAAUCGAAUUAUUGAACCUUGAAAGCAAAAAAUACCAUAAUCAUGUAUUUUGAUAAUAAGAUUAGACACAUAAACCAAUAGGAUAAAUCCCUCUAAUACUUUAAGUAGUAUUUCAUGCAUAUAAUUCUUUGCAGUCUUAAAUACUGUACAGCAAGUAGACAUUGUAUGAAAGCCAGGCUAGACUGGUAGCCAAAAAUCAAAAGAAAAGAGAUAUUACUUUUCCAGACUAACAAAUGUUACUAAAGUUGGCAGAUGACUGCAUAUAUUACAUUAGAAGAUGUGCCGGUAAGGCACUUCUUGAUUCAUGUAGGACUAAGAUGCCAAAUUUUUGUGCAGAAGAAUUAAUGGACUGUUUUGACAUCAGGCCUCUAAACAAAGACUAAAUCAUAUCAGAGUAUUUCAAUUUUCCACUUACUCCUUGACAAAUCUCAGAGUAGCCAUCUUGGAAGCAGGAACAAUUGAAAAAAAGAUUGCUAAACUCACAUGCAUCAAAAGAUUUCAGGCGAUCUCAACAAAUAAUGGAUUUUUAACACUUUACAACUGUUAAUUGAUAAGGCAUUUGUAAUUUGCCUUACGUCAACUGAUGCAACCAUUGUUUCUUUCUCUAUUUCCCCCAGCCAUAUUUCCACUUUAUCACAAUUUAAAUCCAGCAUCAGUCUAGCCACUCCAAUGAAUCUGAAAUCUGUUGUGGCCCACCAUAUCUUGACUUUUAAUGAAAUAUAUUAUCUGGGAAGAUGCUACGUGAAUCCUUCUGAUUUAAACAGCAAAUGGAAAUCCUUUGAUUCCUGUUUCAAGAAAUCAUAAAGCUAUGUCUAGGUUCAAAGAAUACCUACCCUGAUACUCUGUGAAGUCAGUUUAAGUGCUCUUGGCAUUAACUGUGUUCCAUGCUGAUUCUGGAUAGAAAAAAAGCACUAUCUAAAGAUGAUACAUACACUAGCAAAACCUAUUUGCAUAUUUAAGGAUAUGUCAUUAUGAAUAUGGGGAUGGGAAGUAUUCUGAAAUAUGUUAUCUAACAUGUUUAAAAAAAGGGGUUUUCAUUUAUAUGUGUCAUUGCACUCUGUUACAGUGAUCUUUGAGGAUACUGGAUUUCACUCAAAAGUGACUCUAUACGAUGCUUUUAGGAACAAAAAUGUGGAUUUCCUCUUUGUUGCAAAGUAGUCAGGACAAAGUUUAUAAAAUUCAAAAUUACUAUUAACGUACAUGCCAAUACAUGAAUUCUAUAUGCCUGCAAUUUUUGGUUUAGGAGCUUCAUUGCAAAAUAGCCACAAAGAGCCCUCAAUUCUGGCUUAGGUGAAAAGAAGUACAAUUAUUCCUAGUUCAGCCACACAAUUUUUAGAACAGGAAGGCUAAGCUCUGUACUCUUUAUGCCUGAUAAAUUAAUUUCCUGCUUGUUGGACAAAGCGCUACUAACAGGUUACCCAAGGACAAUGGCUUUUCAUUGAAGGCUCAUGAACAUGAAACAGUUGCAUAAGUCGGGUAGCAGCAGGAAAAUAAAAAAAGGAAUCAAUUGUUAACUAUGAGGACUUACUGCAGAAGACUAGCCUAAUGGUCCUCUUAUUUUGCUGGAUUCCAAUUAUGGUUUUCAAUUCUACUUCCAUGAAUUAAGUUUUUUUUUUUUAAAAAAAAAACACAUUCCUUUAUAAAAGUAGUUCAUGUGUACCAAUUCCCUAAGUGCAGAAUUCAAUUGCUGAAAUCUAACAUGCUUUCAACAAAAAAAAUGGAUAUUUAUAUAUUUGCAUUCACGUGGUCAAACAUGAACAGGUUAGUAAACACAAUGAAAUAAAACAAAGACAUUUUUUAUUUAUGCUUUGCAGUCUGAAACAGAAUUCAAUUGCAUAAAACAAGCCUGUGUCUUAAGAUAAAUUUGUCCAGGAAAGAAAGUUAUACAAAUGUUUGCUUUUGAUAAAUCAAAUAAUCAUGAUAGGUAAACAACUAUGAGAGUGUGCAGAGACUGUAAGGCCCGACCAUGUUUAAUCUAGUAUAUAUAUUAAUAUGAGAAUAAAUAUUAAAGCUUUUAUUUCAAAUUUUAGUUUUGCCCGUUUGUUUUUCAAAAUUAAAACACUAAGAUCAAGCUUUCCAAAUUUAUAUUGACAUAAGUGAUUGAUGAAAAUACCACAUUUCACCGAACAUUCUAAUCUUUUAAGAAAUACAAAUUAUGUUUGGCUGUAUGUUUGCCUACAUUUAAAUUGUAGGCAAAUUGUGAAGUGUUCCUUAACUCAAACAAAAUUAAGGUAAAGAGCUGUAUUAAGAGAGGUUUGUGCCCACUGUUUUAGAUUUUGUUUACAAUAUAACAACUGCAUUCAGCAAUAAAACACUUGCUUGAAUCAGUUCUCAACUAGGAAACAUGAAUUGGUGAAAAUCAAUCACAGAUGACUGGAAUGUAGAUGAAGGUAGGGUUUUUAAAGUCCCCAUAAGACAAUUUUCUAGUUGUGAAGCACAUGCGGAAAAAAUGUCCCAAGUUCACUGUUAACUGUAGACAUUGUGGCAGAUAAAGGCAAUAGGCAAGAGUUGACCAACUGAGUAGAUCAAGAGCUGUUCACUAAAGUUCAUGUACACUGACCAGGUAGGUUUUCAGCACAUGCAGACAGAAUGACAGCAAACUUUGUUAUCUUAUCUAUAAAGUAUUUAUUUUCUUAAGUUAAACAGUUUUUUUUCAAGGAUGGUUUCCAUCUAUAAAUGAACAAAGUACAAGCUCUGUACAGCAGAUUUUAAAGAACCAACAGAAAUAAUUUUCUAAAGCACAUUUAAUUUGUAAAAGGAAAUGUACAUGUACCACCAUUAUUUU